ACAUUAGACGGGGCGUUUUACCUAACAAGAGACAAGCUGAGAAAUCUACCACAAAUUACGCCUGCAGACAUCGACAUACAAAGACAUCAGUUUAGCAUCAGAAAAAGACAGUGAGGACGCUAUUUGUUGACCUGGGCUCAAAACUACGACACUCAUUCCGUGCAGAUGCAUCCAUUUUGAACAAGUCGCAGGUAGCACCUUCCUGUCUCUCAGAGGACAUCAUUCUUUAACACAGAACAGAAGACAUAACAUUUCUUGGAAAAGACUGAAAUAGGUCUUGUCUACACACCAGAGGAUCUACCAUAGCCGCCGCCUUCCAUCUCGUUACAUAAAUUAAUAUUUCAAUAUCUAUACCAUGGCAAGCAUCGCCCAGUUACCAAUCAGAAGUAAGGGGAAUUCUAAAUGUAGCAUUCAUAAAGAAAAGGAUGUUGUCUUUGUUUGUCAAGAGUGUGAGAAUUUAAUAUGCACAACAUGUUGUUUAUCAGAAAACCAUAAAAAUCAUAUUGACAGCUUACGUGAGCUGUCGGAAAUUAAGACCGAAAAAACAAAUACAAUUGUGGAUUUUGUUAAUGACACAGAAAAAGUAAAUAUUCCGAAACUGAACCAGGAAAUUAUUUCAUCUCGAACAAAAAUGUCUACUUAUAAAACUCAUUACGAAAAUCUUCGCAAAAAUAUCAUCGAAAAUAAUAUCCAGUGUAAGCUAGAAUUAGAUAAGCUUACUGAGGAUUAUAUAUCAUUAUGUCACACGAUGGAGGCGGCGACCACGGACAUCAUUCAGACCCACAUCACAGACCUGGAGAGGAGAUUGGAUACUUUGAGGAACCUCUUAUCAGAAUAUAAACAGACUCUUCAGAUAGGAACUGCUGUACUCGUGUACGACUCGGUAUCGGAAAUCCAGGAAAUGGAUUCAACCAUCCCACCGACACCUGAUAUAGACAUGGCAGAGUUUACUCCGGGUAAGGACAGACAAAGUCUCCUGAAGCAGGCCGUCGGGAACAUAAUCAUUCCCGAUGAACUUCUCCGGUACACUAUUCCUGACAGUCCCACUGUCAUGUCCGAGUUCACAUACCCGGAUGACAUCACAUCGAUCUGCCUAACAUCUGAUGGACGUGCGUGGCUGUGUGACUGCUCCAACGACACAGUAAAUCUCAUCAACACUAAAGGUCAGGUCAUACAGACGAUACAACACAACAGUGACAUACAGGACAUCAGUUUGUAGUUUUAGGCCAUGGCCCUAUCUAUUUUUGUGUACCAAUCUUUUGUAAAUAUGUGUUUUUUUUGUAAUAAACGUAUUUGAACUGU